AUGGAAUAUUACAACUACGCCAGUAUGAAGCUGCUGGACAGGAGCAAAUACAUAAAUGAAGAGGAAGAAGAAGACGAUUACCACUACUGUAAGGAAACUGACAUCCGAGAAACAAUUAAAAAAGCGAGAGAAAUAAAAAAUUGUAAUUACAAGGAAUCGAUGGAUUUAUACAUAAAAGCGUUGAAGACGCUAAAAAAGUUAAAAGAAAACAACUCCAGGAUAUAUAGAAAUGUUCUUGAAUUUGAAAUAAGGCCUCAAGAAAUAGCUAACAGUAUGUCGUUAAAAAAUAGUUUAGAAAAAAAUAUGUAUAUGAAGAAAGAGGGUGAUAAAGAUUACACGGGCGGUCCAUCGAAUGAUAAUCAAACCAUAUCAAUAAAUAAUAAAAUUGCAUCUCUGUACAACGAAAUUGCAGAUCUUUGUUGUAUUCACGAUUUUAUAGAAAAAUCACUCUUCUAUUAUGAUAAGGCUUGUUCAUAUAAUCCUUCCAAAAUUGAUUAUAUAUACAAGAAAGGGGUUUUAUUUCAACAAAUGAAUGACACCGAAAGGGCCAUUAACACUUUUAAAAUUAUUUUGUCUUCAGAGCCAAACCAUAUUCCUACAUUAUUUUCGCUGGGGAAUUUGUACAGAUAUAUAGAUAACCACAUUGCCCUUUCUUACUUCGAGGCUAUCCUCAAAAUCGAGCCGAAUAACACGGAAGUUUUAUCCCUCAUCGCUUCCUGCUAUGAUAAUCUGGGGAAAUUGAAUGAAGCCAUUUCGUAUCAGAAUAAGGCCGUUCAAAUCGACCCCGAUAAUUUCAACCAUAAGAAGUUUGCCCAGAGACUCAUCGAAAUGAAGUCUCACAAUUGA